CAAUACAGCGACACAGACACGUUCAUUAGACCGGAGUGGUUGAGCUUGCUAACCGAUGAAUUUGGGCUGAGAUACGGCGUGGGCCGGCUGUACCGGGUGCUGACUGACUUGCGCAUCACUGUGGACAACUACCACCAGGAACUGACAGAUGUCAAUAUGAUCCACCAACGGCUGCAGGACGUCCAUGAGCUGGAUCGAGGCAUGUACAGAUCUUGUAAACCUCCCAUCGGCAUGUGUAGG